GAUUGAUACAGACCUUGAAUGAGGUCACCCUGUGAAGGCCGUCAUUUUUUCUGUUGAGCAGACGGCAUUUCCUAAUGAUAUCACUUACAAGAGCGCACAGAAAACCAUGCUUACCAAGCAGAUCAGAGUUCUGACUCUGAAUGGAGGCGAGAACAGGGAGACAACUCUUUAUCGCUUACAGAAAGGAUGGAUCCUGAGAUUUAAUCUGGGACCUUCACUCUUUGUGAGUCCUGUCAGAAUAUUCUGUAAUCACCCAACAAAGAAAAAUGAGCCUUUUGAUCGAAACAAGUACACAGAACUGAAAUGGAACAGCCCCAGUGGUUCCAAGGUGGACCGUCAUGAUCUGUUUGCGGAGGUUCAGAUCCACACUGCUGGCUCCUUCAACUACUACUUUACAGCAGAUGGAAGGGAGCCAUCGGAAAGUAAAGACAGACAGCAUGCUGACGGUGAAGGGUACUUUUUGGUGGACCCCAUCCUCUCCCUGUCUACAAAUGAUAACCCCAGUGAGGAGGCAGAUGAUGAUGAUGAAGUGGAAGAGCUCUGCUUGGACAGCAUCCAGUGUCAGACAGUCAUCGCCAAACUCCUGGGUCCCUUCCCGGAGUGGGAAGGGAGGCUCAAGGUGUCCUAUGAGACCGGCUACAACAUGAUCCACUUCACCCCCAUCCAAGAACUAGGUCAGUCUAACUCGGCUUACUCUAUUAGGAAUCAGCUGUGUCUGAAUCCAAGUUUUAAUACAAAGGACAAGAAGUACGGUUACGACGACGUAGAGAAACUUGUUAAUGAAAUGGUUGUUAACUGGAAGACUCUGUCGCUGACCGAUCUGGUGCUAAAUCACACAGCGAAUGAUUCACCCUGGCUACAGGAGCAUCCAGAGUGUGGCUACAAUCUAGUCAACUCUCCGCAUCUCAAGCCAGCAUUCUUAGUGGAUCGGAUUCUGCUGCACUUCAGUUUAGAUAUUGGAGAUGGGAAAUAUGAAGCCAAGGGCAUUCCUGAUACAAUUGACAAAAUGGAACACCUAGAGGCAAUCAGAAGAGUUUUACAUGAAGAACUUUUACCUCACUACAAAUUGCAUGAAUUCUUCACCAUGGACAUUGAAAUAAUUUUGAGAGACUUCAAAAGAGCAGUUGAAGAGGCUAGACCCAUUGUAUCGUCGAGACCUCAGCUAGAUCUGAUACAGGACCCGCAGUACAGGAGGAACAAGAGUACAGUGGACAUGAACACCGCCCUCCACCUGUACAACACAGACAAACCUGGGGUAUCCAGUAGGGCAGAGCGUAUCCAAAGAUGUUGUGCUGACUUUAAGGCUAAACUGGAAGAUUUAAACAGACACAAAAUGGCUGAAGUACAGGACCACCUAAACACAGCUGUGUCUAACUUUGUGGCCAAUGUUAAAUACAGAUUUGUUGAUGGUCAUGGCCCAAGAAUUGGAAAAGUUUCUGCAAAGGAACCUCUCAUGUGGAAUUACUUUGUACAACCUAAAUCAUACGACGGUACUUUGGCUGCUGAGGAAGUGAACAUGGAUGGGGAUUCUGGGAAACUUAUCAUGGCCGUAAAUGGUUGGGUGAUGGGAGACGACCCCCUUAGGAACUUCGCUGAUCCAGACAGGUAUGUGUACCUGAGACGAGAGCUGAUUCCGUGGGGAGACAGCUGUAAGCUGAGGUUCGGCAAGGAGCCCAAGGACUGUCCGUAUCUGUGGCAGCACAUGAAGGAGUACACAGAGAAAACGGUCAAAGUGUUCCAUGGAGUGAGAUUAGACAACUGUCACAGUACUCCCAUUCAUGUGGCAGAGUACAUGCUGGAUGCUGCGCGUAAGAUCAGGCCAGACCUGUAUGUGGUAGCCGAGCUGUUCACAGGGAGUGAGUGUGUGGACAACAUCUUUAUGAACAAGUUAGGAAUCAACUCUCUAAUACGAGAGGCUUUAAGUGCCAAUGACUGCCACGACCAGGGGAGACUGGUGUACAGGUACGGGGGUACAUCUGUGGGGUCCUUCAUCCAGCCCAGGGUCCAGCCCUUACUUCCUACCACCGCCCACGCCUUGUUCUUUGAUCAGACCCACGACAAUGAAAGCCCGGUCGAGAAAAGAAGCCCGUACGACUCAUUUCCAUCAUCAGCCAUUGUGGCCAUGGCUUGUUGUGCCACAGGCAGCAAUCGUGGAUAUGAUCAGCUGGUUCCUCAUCAUAUUCAUGUUGUAAAUGAGGAGAGGUUAUACAUGAGCUGGGCCACUUGGGAUUUUCCAGAGCCUCCGUUCAUGAAUGACAAGUUUGGAAUCACAGCAGGGAAAAAGAUCCUAAAUCAACUCCAUUACCAGCUUGGUGUGACAGGGUUUUCUGAGGUGUAUGUUGAUCAGCUAUCCCAUGAUACCGUAGCAAUAACUCGACACAAUCCUAUGAAUCAUGACUCCUAUGUUAUGGUAGCUCGAACAGCAUUUCAUCAUCCCCAUAAUCCUAAAGAAACCGGCUACAUCAGACCUCUAACUUUAGAUGGAGAUAUCACAGAAAUAGUAUUUGAGGCCAAGUUCAGCAUGACAGAUGGAUACAAGUAUGAGAAGAACCCCAAAUACAUCAAUGGUCUGCCCAACUACUACCUGGACAUCAGUGAGAACCUGAGCCCUGAGGCUAGUGGUCUGAUUAAGGUCCGGAAGCAGGGGGAUUCCUCAGUAGUGGACUUCCAUACCUUCACCCCUGGAUGUGUGGUUGUUGUCAAACAGGUCCUGCCCACCAGAGCCAAGAAUGCCAUAUUGAAGAUUCGGCGAGGAGUGAGCCAGUUUGGCUACCUGAUGAGAUCCUACAGCGGUAGGACCAUGUUUGACGAGUCGUUUGACAAGAGUAACUUCCAUGCCAUUGUUAGUAAACUCACCCUCUCUGACAUGAAUAUUGUGCUGUAUCGGUGUGAUUCUGAGGAGAAGGCUGAUGGGAAUGGAUUCGGAGCAUACGACAUCCCUGGUCACGGUCCAGUGGUUUACUGUGGAUUAAGAGGACUAAUGGCUGUUUUGGCGCACGUUCGCCCAAACAAUGACUUAGGACAUCCACUAUGUAAUAAUUUGAGAGAAGGCAACUGGUUAUCAGAUUAUGUUGCCAAGAGGCUGCAAGUUCAUCCAACUACCAAAGAUCUCGGUCAAUGGUUUGAAGGAGUGUUGGGACAUCUGAAAGACAUUCCUAGAUUCCUGGUGCCAUGUUAUUUUGAUACAGUGAUCACCGGAGCAUAUGUUGUGCUGAGAGAUCAAGCCAUGAAGCUGAUGUCAGAAUUCAUUCAGGAUGGUUCCACAUUUGUCCACAUGUUGUCCUUGGGAAGUCUUCAGUUUUGUGGAUUUGUCAAGAAUGCAAAACUUCCUAAGCUGUCAGAGUCUGUCAAAUCAACAACCCCCAAAGUGGAUGUAGACCAUCCACUGUCACUGGCUGCCGGUUUUCCCCAUUUUGCUAGUGGGUACAUGAGGAACUGGGGUCGAGACACAUUUAUUGCCAUCAGAGGUUUACUGUUGUUGACUGGUCGAUUCUGUGAUGCUAAGUUGAUAAUACUGGCAUAUGGGGGCUGUUUGCGGCAUGGGUUGAUUCCUAAUUUACUGAACGAGGGAAGUGGUGCAAGGUACAACUGUCGGGAUGCGGUGUGGUGGUGGUUCCAGGCCAUUCAGGACUACUGCAAGUUCAAGGGCACCGAUAUACUGAAGGAGAAAGUGGCUCGUCUCUAUCCAAGUGAUGACUCAACCGUUCACCAACCGGGAGAAUAUGAUCAGCCUCUUUAUGAAGUCAUGCAAGAAGCUUUACAGAGGCAUGCGGAGGGGCUGAAGUACAGAGAAAGAAAUGCAGGCACUCAAAUUGAUGACCAAAUGAAGGAUGAAGGGUUCAAUAAUGAGAUAGGAGUGGACUGGGAGACAGGUUUUGUGUUUGGAGGUAAUGAACAUAACUGUGGAACCUGGAUGGACAAAAUGGGGAGUUCAGCCAAAGCCGGAAAUAAAGGCAAACCAGCUACUCCCAGGAGUGGUUCUGCAGUGGAGCUGGUAGGAUUAAGUAUGUCUGCACUGACUUGGUUGGAAAAGCUAGCAGCCCAGAAGGUCUACCCUUAUGAUGGAGUGUCUGCCAUUAAGAAUGGAGUUUCUACUAAAGUAACAUUCAAAGAUUGGUGUGCUCUUAUAAAAAGCAACUUUGAAAAACAUUUCUGGAUCAAUGUGGACCAAGAAGCGGAAUAUGAGCCACACCCAGAAUUGAUAAAUCGACGAGGAAUUUAUAAGGACUCCUUCUUUGCCAAACCAUUCUGGGCAGAUUUCCAACUUAGGCCUAACUUCCCGAUUGCAAUGAUUGUGGCUCCCCAGCUGUUUACCCCUGAACAUGCAUGGAUUGCCCUAACACAGGCCGAGGAGGUACUGCUGGGUUCAUUGGGCAUGAAGACACUAGAUCCCAGGGAUUGGGCAUAUGUUGGAGACUAUGACAAUUCAAACGACUCCAGCGAUCCAAAGGUUGCUCAUGGUUUCAAUUAUCAUAAUGGGCCAGAAUGGAUAUGGCCAAUAGGAUAUUUUCUGAGAGCAAAACUAUAUUAUGCUAAAGCAUUGGAACCAAAGAAGAAGGGACUUCUGAAGAGCACCAUCAGCUUCAUCAAGACCAGACUGACUUCUCACUACGCUCACGUCAUGGAUUCUCCGUGGCAGUCUCUCCCAGAGUUAACUAAUUCCAAUGGCCAGUUCUGUGCCAGUAGCUGCCCCGCCCAGGCCUGGAGUGUGGCCUGUGUACUGGAGGUGUUGUAUGAUCUGGAGGAGGUGGGACUGGUGGACGAUAUCGCACCCCGCCGCAACUCAGCUGACCUCUCCCAGCAAACUGUGCUUGUUUAGAGGACCUCUCUCAACAAACUGUGCUUGUUUAGAGGUCCUCUCUCAACAAACAGUGCUUGUUCAGAGGACCUCUCUCAACAAACUGUGCUUGUUUAGAGGUCCUUUCCCAAUAAACUUUGCUUGUUCGAAUGACAGUCAAUGAUGGUUUGUUUAAAUCACAGAAAAAAGGAUCUGAUUUUUAACCCUGUAUGCUGUUUUUGCACAUUUUAUAAUUCUGUGAUAUGUGGGUCUGUGCUUUUAAUGUGAAAGUUUGAUGUUAUUUAGAUAAAUUAUCCAGUAGUAAUUUGUAAUUGUACACAAUAUGUAGUAAUGAAGUACAUGUAUAAGGCUGAAGAAAGUUGAGGUCACUUCAGUUUGAUGUGUUAAGUGUUUAUUGUAUGCAAAGUAUACAUGCAUGGUAUAGACAUUGCAGCUGGGGAAUUGGAAUAAUUAAAUUAAAAGAAUGUACUUUUAAAAGAUAUACAUAUAUAUUUGCAUGUAAGCAGCCAUGUAUUACCAGUAGUUAUUUAAAUCAAAAUAACAUGGUUGUAAUUGUACGUUUACAUUGGAAUGACAGUAAAGAGGCCAGUACAAUUACCUGGUACACUGUACAAAUACCUGGUACACUGUAUCCUAGUAUAAUGUACUGUGUACAUGUAGGUCAUUAUUUGCUGGUGAAUUAUGAAGAAAUUCCACUUGAUUUAUAAAAUACAAUUUGCCAUUCUAAUUACCAUAAAUAUUUGGUUAAAUCAUCAGACAUAUGAUGAUUUAGAUUAGUAAUGCAUGUACAUGUAGAGUAAAAUUUAAUCUCAAGGUAAUGCACACAUUUUUUCUGAAAAUGCUCCAUGUUUUCCAUGUUGGUUGAAUGCAAUAUGUACAUGUACUGCUUUCAUUUUUCUUCUCUGCGAGUUCAGCAUUGUACUAAUCUUUGAGAAAGAGUCCAAGCUGUGGUGUUUUUAUAUGUCAGUUUUAUCCAUAAGUUCCAGUACAUGUAUAUUGUGAUGUAGAUCCUGUGAUAAUAAAGACACUGCAGUUUUAAGAUAUUUUAACUAGCUUUUACAUAAAAAAUACAAUCAGCC